UUCUGUCUGGCAACGCGUGACGCGCGCCCACAUUUCGUGUAGUCGGUUCUUUUACAACUCUCGGCCGCUGCUGCUGCAGCCGCCUCAGCCGGACGACGGGGCUGGAUAGAUGAACGAGCACAAGACGGGCACGAGAGGUCCUCGUUGACCGCCGCCUUGGCGUCGGGUGAAACGUGAUCCCGGAACUGUAAGAAUCUCGCGGCCGAGGCGCGUCAGUUCGUCCCACCUCACGGCUGCUCUUAUUAUUAUUAUCAUCAUCAAUCUCGUUACACACCUUUGCUCGGUGUUGAACGAGGAGGUCGGGAGGACGUCGUCGAGAGCCAGAAGAAGUGGCGAGAAGAAAUUAUACCUGGCGGCGCUGUCGCUGUUGGAGAAGCAUUCGCCCUUCGUCGCGACCUGAAAGGCCGUUGAAAACCUGACCCACGCCAGUGACCAUGGCCCGCAAGCAACUCCUUGUAGCCUGGAAGGCCCUACGGAGGGUCCUUCUAUUGGUCUGCGUCUGGAUGGGCGUCUGCUACGCCGUGUUCCACUUCACUCACGGAGCCGGCAACUCGUUCCUGAUUGGGCCCUUUCAGCGAUCCUUGCUACAAACAGCAGCGCCUCCUGAACAUCAUGUACCCGUGGAACCGGUCAAAUCCGUACCCACCUCGAAACUUGAGUCCUCCACGACUUCGCAACGCGACACGACGCCCGACGGCAAAGCACUCCUAAACCUGCGUCCUCACGUCGACAUAUCUCCUUCCGUCUCCAUGAAGGAGUUCCUGUCGAAACUUUCGAACAUGUCGAAUAUACCCAGAGCCUACUGGGAGAACGGUCGCAAGCCUCCCAUCAGCUCCAAGAGUUGCGUCAAAUUUCCCGAACUAUACGACCUGUCCUUCAACAACCUCUACUGGCAGAAGCUGUCCAUCCGGAACGGCACCUUCUAUAUCUACGGCGCGUACUUCGACAACCGGGCGCGAGUUGGCAACGUUCCUCUGGUGCGCAUCCUGGUCAUGGCCGACAGGAUUAAGCCGCCGCCGACGUUGUGCCAGUUGUGGUACAACAAUGGCGCCUACCCCACCAUCUCCACCACCAAGUACACCUACGCCUGGUACUCCAAAUGGGGCAACUACCAGGACGGCAUCCUGCAGCCGUUCAUCGUGACCUGCAAGGCGCCAUACCUGAACACGAAGCGCGAAGCGCCAAUGUCCGUCUCCUUGGUGGAGAAGCAGUGCGACAAGCCCACGAACAACGUGCGCGUCGUGAACAACCGGCCGGCCGUCAAGCAGGACUUCGCCGUGUGCGUCAAGGGCCUGGACUUCCUCAAGGACGACCUGAGCGUGCGCCUCAUCGAGUGGAUCGAGCUGCUCAACAUUCUGGGGGCCAAGAAGAUUUUCCUGUACGAGCUCGAGAUUCACCCCAACAUAUCCAAGACCCUGCAGUACUACCAGCAGAAGGGACUCGUCGAGCUCACGCCGAUCACGCUGCCCGGUGGCCAGCCCAACCUGCCCGGCCUGCGGCACAACUUCCUCAGCAUGAAGCUCACCCACAAGCGCCAGAACGAGCUGAUCCCGUACAACGACUGCCUCUACCGGAACCUCUACUCGUACCAGUACAUCGUUCUGCUGGACAUCGACGAGGUCGUCAUGCCCGUGCAGCACCACACCUGGAAGGAGCUGAUGACCGACGUCGUGCCGAUGGCCCUGCAGCAGAAGAACUACACGAGGGCCAGCUACAACGUCCGCAACGUCUACUUCCUCGACGACAUGAUGAACGACGAUGCCAAGCACACCGUUCACGAGGUGGGCAUCCCGGGAUACAUGCACAUGCUGCAGCACGUGUACCGCGCCAAGAACUUCACCAAGCCCGGCUCGUACGUCAAGUGCUUCCACAACGUGGAGCGCAUCGUGUCCGUGCAUAACCACUUCCCGCUCAACUGCUUCGGGACGUGCACCACGUACAGCAUCGACACGCCGUACGCCCAGCUGCAGCACUACCGCAAGGACUGCGUGGGGCCCCUGAAGAAGAGCUGCAACAGCGACUUCAAGGUCUACACCGUCAAGGACACCACGAUAUGGAGGUACAAGGACGAGCUCAUACAGAGGGCCACCAAGGCACUUAAGGAUCUAGGCUUUUUCUCAUAGCAUCUAGUGAUCAAAUUUUAAUAAUUAUGCAAGAACACAAAUGAUACAACGUGCCAGGACCCCGUCUGAACCUGUAGUGGUUCGAGCGCGUUCUUUCCGGCGUCGACUUUGCGCCGGGAAGAAUUGUUCGCUACACGUCGGGACUCGGCAGUGUAAUCCUCGCAGUGUCUAGUGAUCAAACGUGUGGUGUUGCUGGCACAGGAAGUCCCUGCCAGUCGUUCGUGUGCCUGCGGUGUGUUGGUGCUGUGCUUUUCUAUGCGGCUUACAAGUACGUAUGUGUGUGCGUGUGCGCCAAGGGCACUUAAGGACAUCGGUCGCGCUGUGUCGUGGCGUCUAAUGAUUAUCUGUCGUUGUACGCGUGACGUCAGCUCGAGCGCCGCUAGUUUAGUGCCUAUAAUGUGCGGGUUGUGCCCUUCGCUUAGUGCGUGGUUACAGACUGCGAAAGGUAACCCUGGGCUCUUAAGGCGUGUGCCCACGUCGCUUCUCACCGACUGUCUCUAGUUAUUGCGAAUCGUACGGUUGUGCGGAGAAAUCUGCCUGGACACUGUGUGCUUCAUGUUGUGCCCGCCUUAUCUGGAUUGUAUUAGCACCUUUAUUGACGGACAUUUUUUUUUCUUGUGCCAUAGCGUUCCUGGAGUGCCACGCGCGUGGUAAAAGUGUAACGACUGGUGUUGUCACGAGUUGGAAGUGUAUACGUUUUUGGUUGAGCCUGGUGAACACUUGAGAGAAACUGUUGUUGGAUCUUUUGUUGCUAGUACUGUCAGUCCUGUUUGUCAACUUUUUUUUCCCUCAGUUGUACAGACUUCGUCUCGUUUAAGGUGCAAGUUGCGAAUGGUGUUUUUUGUCACUAUGUACAAAGACUAACACUCAUUUGUGACGUUAGAGUCGUGCGGAUUGUGCUGGAAUUGUUGUUUUGCGUGAGUCGUAGCCAUGAUGCAUUCAUUCUGAUGGUUCUCGAUGGCAUGGCUGUGGUCGAGCGAUUUUUUUUUUUUAUGCCUUGCCAAGAGCGCCUGCUAGAUGUUUUGGUUAGUUAUCGCGUCCUUGUUCUCACUUAAGUGUGAUAAGUCCGUCACACCAUUUUUUUCCUCCUCCGCCUGUCCACCUGCGGUUGCAUCGCAGAUGUGUAUUUAUUACUGUGAUUCCGAGCCCAGGACGUGGAAACCUCGGGCAGGCUUAGUUAAGGCUUAGAAACUGGAGUGGCAUCAUGGCUACCCCAGCGCAGUAUUCAGCGCCGAUGUGUGGCGUUUAUUGUACAUAAAGAAAAUACAUUCAGGAAAAUGUUCUUUCGGAGAAACGUGCUGGUCAUAACUGAGUUCAUUCCUGUAGGAUAAUUUUUUCUUGCUGUUUUCUUUUUUAUUUUUAUUUUUCGUCGCACGAUGUUUGUAUACGAACAAGGGGACGCUGGGGGGCGUGGCCUGAUCGCGCGACAUCCGUCUCUACGAGUUGUCGCUACAAUAAACAUUUUAUUUGUUAAAAAAUAACCGGCCUACUGUGCCUUGCUUGUGUUGUGCUGUUUGCCAACCGAACAGCUCAAGCUAUAUUUUGUACGAAGGCAACAGUGAAUUCGUUUAUCUCCCAUUCGACGUCACAUAUACAGGGUGUUUCACCGAACACUUUCAAAAACUUUUAACUGUUACCAGUGGCAGUUAGUACAAUUGUAGUUCAUGACAUAGUCUAGUCAAAGAGGCGGACGUUACCUGCCCCCAAAAAGUGAAAUGCAUUAUCGACCAAUUAACAAAAAUUCACUAAUUAACUUAUUAACUAAUUACCUUAUAGCCCAUAUUGCAAUUUACAAAUUCUAGCCGUGCAGUUCGCAAGGCUUAUCCAUUUGGAACGAAUUCUCAGGAUGACACCAGUUUCGAGAUAUUAAUUCCCGAACUUUGCGGAGAAAUGCAUUGGCGUUCCAGUUGCUUUUGUGCUUCAAUGCCUAAAACCGCGCUUUGUGAAGAAACCGCGGGCAACCAUCAAAAUUUUUGUGUUCGCUGAAACGCCCUGUAUGUUCUCCAAUUUUGUCUUGCUUUGAUGCUGCUUGACGUGUUUUAUCAUCAGAAAACGUGGACUGGACGAGCGCGAACUACCAGUUGUGUGUGAUUUCGACAGAGGAGUAAACAAACCAACUAGUCCUCAAAUAUGUACUUGUGAGAGUAUUAAUUACUAUGCAGACUUUAAAUGUCUUAAGACAGUAGACCAGAACACUUGCGAACAAGCGUUUAGACACACAUACGAGCAGAAUUUUUACUCUGCGGUCGGUGGGAGUUAUCCAAUUAAAAUGGGACAGCGCCGGCCCAUUGAACAGUAGUACGACACUUUUCAGCACUGCAAUAGCUAUAGUACGAAAACAAAGCAAAUAAAAGUAUGUGCUUUUCUUUUUGUAA